CCUGGAGGUUGGUUUAUGAUGGCAUUUUGAACGUCUUCAUGUUCUCGCAUGAUGCCAACUAGCAACGAGGUUGGGGAGGAUAAGUAUCUUGUCUCUCUUCCCCGUUUCAUUUCCUUUGUGCGUGCUUCCGUUUCUCUAUAGCCAUAAUCUAAUAUCAAUUCUCUUCAAACGUUGUCAAGAUGGCACCGCUCCUCUCCCUUCUCCUUCUAGCAGCUCUAGCAACUGCCCAAAGCACUACGAUCAUAGUAUCAGAUGGCGUCUCAACAACGGCUGUCCUGCCGGCGUGGCCAUCAGAGAGCUAUUCCUCUACUACCACCACGACAGAUACAUCCGUCCUCCUAUCCGGAUCAACGACCACCACGACAACUCUAUCCCCAACCCUAACACCCACACCGUCCAGCACACUAAGCACCGUCACACCAGGCGGUCCAGCACUAAACUCCACCUCGACCUCGACCUCCACAGCAGCAGAGAUAUCCUCCUACCUCUCCUCCAUAAUAUCCAUUGAGCAAUCCACUCUAACGCCCACGAGCACCAGCACGGACUUCAUUACAUCUACUACGUUAGUCGGAACGACGACUAGUACGUUUUACUCGACCGGAACCGGCGGGUUGCCUGGGUAUGGGAAUGCGACCAGUACGGCAAGCCCGAGUCAGUAUACAGGGGCUGCGGUGAGGAAUGAGGGGGUUAGUGCUGCUGCGUUGGUGGUUUUUGUUGUUGGGGCUUGUGUUGGGUUGUGAGGGAUGAUGAUGAUGGAUGCAGUAUAUGACCAUGAUGAACGAUGGAGCGAGGAGUUUUGGGUGGAGUUUUGGGAUUUUGAUUUGUGUUUUAUGAGUUAUGAUAUGACUAAUGCUUAUACCCCAUACCCCAUUAUCCAAUCUGCCCCUGAUCUUCGCUCGAGUCUAGUCGUGCUGUGUGGCCGGGAAUUCGGUGAUAUAUGCACUGUAUGGAUCUGGGCCUGCGAUCGUGUCAGCUAUCUUGUCAUGUAUGUGAAGACAACAAGAUGCGAGAGCAUGUUUGAGUGA